AUGGUGAAUCGCGCGCUCUCUGGCCUCUCCAUCGCGCUCGCGGCGCUGCUGCUUGUUCCGCCGCUGCGCACCGCGCGCACAGCGGAGCUCGCGGCAGAGUUCUCCACCAAAAGCGAGCCGGACUACGAGUUCGGGGACUACAGAGGCAGGUGGUGCAUUGACGACCACGGGUUCGUGUACAGCAUCGGAGAGGUUUACUACCCGAGCCCCACGGCGUGCCCGUGCACGUGCACAGUGGAUGGCCCCGUGUGCGUCCGGCCACGGUGCCCCCGCAUCCACCCGCGCUGCACGCGGAUCAAGUAUAAGGAAUGCUGCCCCGUGUGUGAGGCCGUGGCCAGGGUCUGCGUCUACGGAGGGAGAACCUACAGACUGCUGGAGGAGUUCAGGGUGUCGCGGUGUGAGUGGUGCCGCUGCGAGGCCAACAGAGAGGUUUACUGCAGCAUUUCUGAAUGCCCGGCUCCUCACUGCGUUAAUCCCAUCUAUGAGCCCAACCACUGCUGUCCCAUCUGUAAGACUGGUCCCAACUGCUUCGCUGGCAGCCGGGUGAUCCCAGCAGGAGAGCGCGUGAACAUGGAUGAGCAGACUGUGUGUUACUGCACCUACAGGGAUGGAACGUGGCACACCCACCCCCAUGCCACCUGCGAACGGCAUCCCCAGCCCAGCCCCACACUCAGCACGCGCACUGAGGCCCCCAGGGAUGAGGACUUAGGCCGGAGACAGUUUCCUAGACUAGAUCUGAUUCCAUAA